UAUUUAAGAUUAAAAAGACAAGCUUCGCGAGGAAUUAGCGUUGGUCCGCGAAGUUUCUAUUUUCGUGACAACCGCGUUGCUUAUUCGAGCAACAGCGGGAACGUUGGCGUGGCCUCGAUUUUUUUACACCUUUGUGGAGCGGAAUGUAAAGCGUGUGUGUAUGUGUAGGAAUUUCCGCGUGAAAGAAUAUAAAUCUCGCUCUUGUUUUACGAGUCGAAAUGCAACGCUGUCGCGGAUAUCACGUUAAGUAUCUUAUCAGCGAGAAAUCGAAAAGUCAAUACGCAACUCAUCGUUUUCUUACGUCGCGCAAUUUUCUUGGAUAAUUAUUUUCUUCCCUUCAACCGCGCGAAGAUAGAUAACGAAGGGUAAACUAAAAGCGCAGAAGAGCGCAGCCAAGUGAGUUCAAUGUCUUACUGACCGCGAAAAUCAAGCAAUGCAACACACAGGACGAUCUCUUUAGGCGAUCGUUUUGUUCUGCGGCGUAAUAAAAUCGCGCGUGGUGGAAGGAAGGAGGAAGAUGCAAUCUUCGCUAAUUCGUGAUCGGAUCGGCGCGAUUCUUCGCUACAAAACGCAGCAGCCUGUAUUUUGCAGUAAGAAGAGCGCCGGCGCGCAAUGCACAUGACGGUUGUGCAAUGUGUGUACACGCGGUAUAAUACGGACGUACGUAAUUUGUGUUCGCCACCGCGGUUGUAUAAUGCGGCUUCCAAGCGGCGUCGGCGCGCAGUUGUCGCCGGAGUGUCGCUCCGUUACGAGCAUUGCUAAAAUUCGCGAAGUUUCGCCAGUUUUUUACCGUCCGGAAGUGUUAGUCGCGUAAAAAAAAAACAAAAAACACGCGUAAAUAACGAAAACUCGAUGAUCGCGCAAAAAUGAAUGGAUCGUCGUCACGCUGUCCGUCGAUUUCUUUCAGAAACUGCCGAAUCGCUGCAGUUUUGAAUGUCGACGCGACGUUGAACAUAAGAUGCAGAAUGUAAGGACACCUAGCUGUAAUAUUCUUGCUGCAUGAGAGAUUUGUCGGACAUGGAAUGUGCAAAUUCGUCGUCGCUGAUAAAUCGAAAUCUAAGGAACAUCGCGGCGUCUCGACGAAAGCGAUCUCACGCAGCUUGCGGGAAAUGGAAGUUGAGCGCUGAGGAAUGUCAUAUGAAACUUGAUGCGUGAUGCUAAAUAAGUGCCAUAAAAGAGCCAUUUGAAAUGAUCAGCGGAGAAAUAUGAUGUAGAAGAAACGGAAGAAAAGCAAGAAGAUAUUCAUUUUUCACAUCCGACGUGGAGGCAGAGUCGGUCAAUGCCAUUUUUUUUCAACAUCGAAUAUCGGAAGUUUGUCCGCUCGAUCAAGAAGCAGGAAGUAUGGACGUCGUGACGGCUGACGCACUUGGUGUACGCAAUAAUAGCGGAGCGCGUUUUCGCGACACGUCUCGCUGCACCGUUGUCGACUCGAUCGCGACUUAAUGGUGUCUCGUCUUGCAACGGGAUUCUGCUAGAGCGAAGGAAGGAGAGAAGACCGCGAAGAGUAUCGAUACUCCGGAGAAGAUCGCGUCUCGGUCUCGGUCGAGAAGGAGUCUCUCGCUCUAUAUUUAGCGGAGAUGAACGAGGUGAGGCACGUUUUGACAGCCCUCAUGUCUCCCGGAAAGAGCGCGACCUUGAGCAACGGCGCGGCCGCCACGACGAGCGUCGCGACGACGACGUGGUACGACGCCCCGGCGCCGGUUAUCGUGCACUGUCGCGAGUUCCAAGAGGAGGCGGACGUCGUCGGGAGCGGUACGAAAAAGAAGAGCGGCAAGUCUCGCGAGAAGGAAGCCGAAGUUAAAUUCUCCGAGAAGAACACUAACGUCAAGCCCGUCGACGAGGAAGCGGAAGUUGGCUCCUUCGCGAGGAACUCGAGAAUCAUAUCUUCGGAGAAAGACGCGACGUCAGUUGCAAGAGUUUCCGUUAACAGCGAAGCGUUGUAUCAGAACAACGUGGAAGUGGUGCUGAGCAGCUUCGGUAAGGAUUCUUCCGAGCUCCAGACAGGAGCUUCCGAGUCUCGUGCGAACGACGGAGAUCGGCAGGGAAAGCGGCACAGCACGACGGUGGAACUGAACGCAACUACGACGGUGAUGACGGAUGCCGACGGGGUGCCGACGAUCAGCUUCAGUUUUCUGCACGUCGAUGAACAACUCCACGAAAACGCAGAUGAAGACGAGAUUAUGAUUCUAGAAGUGGACACUAGUGAUCAAAUCGACUCGGGAAAUCAGCUGUAUGAUCUUCCGAAGAGCGCCAUUCUGGGAAGCAGCCGAGUCUCCCUGGAGCGAACCGAUGACAAGGAAGCGAACGUUGAGUCCUCGUCGCCGGAGAUUCGUCAGGAGCUUUAUGACGUGCCGAAGUCGACGAGAGAUGUGUCGUUGAAGGAGUCAGCGCGGGAGGACGGGGCGCCGACCAGCGAGCUCGAGCGUGAAGACAAAAAAAUGACGAGCGCAACCGGCGAGAGAAACCAACGACGCGACAAUCAAAUUAAACGCUCCACCAGAUCGCUGAAGAGCGGCAGAAGGAGCUACGGUGCGUCCGACAGCGACGGCUACGACGCUGGCAUCGCAUCAAUGUCAGGCUCGUACUCGGAUCCGGAAUGUCCGCACGAGGAGACGAGCACGAGUGGCGGUUCGGAACGCAGUAAACGGCUGAAGCUGCAGAAGCGACGACUAGGCAAGGCCUGGGGCAGGAUGCGCACCUGGCUGCGUGAAGAGAAGACCAGAAUCGGCGAGGUGGUGAACAGGCACGCGAGAUUGCAGGCUGUCGGCGCGCUGAAUCCCGAGGUGCAAAACGAGAGUUCGUCCGCGCGACCGUUGAAAGGCAAGCAGCGCGGCUUCUACGAUCUGACGCGCGCCCGCACCCAGGAAUCUGGCUCGAUCACCCGGGUGGAAGAAUUCGGACUGUCAUCGGUGUCGGAAGAAGCGAACGACAUCUUCGACGACGCGGAACGACCGGUGUCGGCGUCGCCCGACUCGGGCAAGGCGUCGGCCAACGGCUCGCGAACGCUGCGUGGUAACCUGAAGAGGAAGACGGUCAGUUCGGACGACAUCCUGGAGAGCAGCAGGACUCGGUUGCCACCGGUGUCUUUCAGCAUGGAUAAAUUAUGCUCGGAUCCAGAGAAUGACGAGACGACGCCAGCAGCGGCGACACCCGAGACAUCGAGGGACAACGGUGGGAAAGGUGGCCUAAUUAAGAGGAGAAUGCUCGGGUCAAUCAGAGGGUUAAUGGCCUCGACUCAUCUUCUGCAGACUUACGAGACCGACGAGGGAGGACCAGGCGGCUUCGAAGAUGUGCGAAGAUACAUCAAGCAGGGCGGCGACUUCUGCAAGGAUUUGGCGUCGAUUCUUCACGAAAGAGCCGAACUGGAGGCCACUUACGCGAAGGGACUCAGCAAACUCAGCAGCAAGCUGACGAAAGCCUGCGCCAAAGAUCAAGGUGGUAAUGGUACCGGAGGUGUGAACGAGGCGUGGAGGAGCGUCGGCGAGGAGAUGGAGGCUGCCGCGGAAGCCCACCGGCUAUGGGGCAUCGCGCUGAGCGAGCAACUCGCCAAACCGCUCAGAGUGGGCGUAGCGGAGACGCAGGGCCGGUCGAGGAAAGGCAUCGAGAACUCGGUGGACAAGGCGUCCAAGUCGCUGCUAGAGUGGCGUGGGAUCGCCGCGAAGAGCAAGAAGCAGAGCUUCGCGUCCGCGCGCGAGAACGAACGACUGCAGGACUUGUCGCGGCUGCAGACCAUCAGUCAGAGUCAGCAGGCCAACAACAAGUCCUCGAAUCAUCACAUGACGGAGAAGGAGGCGAGCAAGCUGGAAACGAGACGGCGGAAGGCCGAGGACUCGUCACGCCGCGCCGACACGGAAUUCUACACGGUGAGCGUGCGAGCCGAGCGGGCCAGGCUGGAGUACGAGAACACGGUAAGAAAAGGUGCGAAGCAGAUGGAGUUACUCGAAGAGGAGCGGCUGAGCGCCCUGAAAGACCUCGCCAACGUGUACUUGACGCAUUUGCAGGCGCUCGCGCCACGACUGCAGCAGAGCGCCGAUCGCUUGCUGACGCCCGUGCGCAGCUGCAACGUGUCGCAGGACCUCGAAGUGCUGAAGAACCUCGUGCGCCGACUGGACAGUAACGAUGCGACGAACGCGGAGCAAUUACUGCCGGACUUCUACGCUGAGCACGUGACGCUGGCGAUGAACCGCGAGCGGCGGAAGCAGGCGUUGGUGAGGGUGUUGCAUUUGAUCAGGCAGGACCUGGAUCGAGAAAGGCGGGGUAGAGAGGGUCUCGAAACGUUGCAUCGAGCCUUUAUCAAGACACCGGCAUUCGCGGCGGAUGAGAGCGCGCAGAAUGUGACGGAUAAGUUGCAUCAUAUGCGGUCAAUGUUGCUGUACUUGGAGGCGGCCAGAUACAAGGUUGGCGGGACGCUCGCGGAAGUGGAGGGCAGCAAGCGAAUCAAGCAUCCUUUGUCGGAACAUAUUUUAGUCUCGAGAGAUAAGCAGGGUUUGCAGCAAAGUGUUCUUAAGAUUCCUUCUUGGGCAAAGAACGAAUCCUUUGAGAUUCAGGACAAUGACGAUGAGCUUGAGAUACAUCUGACGAAAGAGCAGGACACCGAGACGCGCGAUUGGGUCGAUCGAACGGCCGGUGAUGGCAACUCGGAAAAUCCACCGGACGAGGACGAUUUCAGUGAUUUUGACGAGUUCAGCAGUCACUCGGAGGACAACAACAAUCAGGAGGUCGACGGUGCGGAAGUGGUGACGACUAAGGGUGAGCGGGCGGAACAGUGUCGAGCGAUCUAUCAAUACUCCGCGAAUCUGAACGACGAGCUCAGUCUCAGUCCGGGAGACCUGAUAACCGUCCAUCAGAAGCAGGCGGAUGGCUGGUGGAUAGGCGAGUGCAGAGGUCGCACUGGCAUAUUCCCCGCCACUUACGUUCAAGUUAUCCAUUAGUAAACAUGAACAAUUUCGUAUCAUCGAAUAUGCUUCAUCCGCACGUUACGCAUUUACGAAUUCCGACGUGAUGUGUGACGGCGUAGUUCUCUUACAGUAGCUUCUACCUGCAAUCCAAGUAAGAGUAUUUAUAAUGUGCCAAUAAUCUUACACGCGACUAUUACUUCACACGCACAAAUCCUACGUAUGUCAAUCGUAAGCUGAAAACGACUCGAGAAUUAAUACCAAAUAGUAGUUACCAUCAUAUUCGAGACAGUCAGUGUCCGCGCUGAAAAAAUAUCUUCAUCGUUGCUGUUUGCAUUAUAUAACAUUUAUAUCAUCUUUACUGCUGCAACAAUCAGCGCUCGUUAAUUAAUACCACUCUGAAAGAUCGAUUCAUCGUUGUCGAGUAUUUUUCUUAAAUCUAAUACUGCAUUUAAUUUUAUUGCGCGUAUUAUCUAUUCUUGUUAGGAAACAACUGGAAAAAUACUGUGCGGAAAACGAAAAAAAAAAAGAAAAAAAGAAGAACACUGAAAAAGGAAUCAUUUAACGAUUUAAAC